AUGUCGUUCCCAAAUCGAGCGAAAAGUAAAAACAUAACUGAAUUUUAUUCUCUAAUAAUUUUUUGCUUUAGAUCGCUCGCUAGGCCAGUUCCUCCUUCUGCUGCGGGUGUCGCUGUUCCAAUGUCAACUGCUGAUGUCAAAUACGCGGCGAAAGUGGACAUGACCAAAAGCAGAGACCUUGUCAACCCUAAAGAGAAGCUGACUGAGUUCUAUGCAGGACCGUGCACACCGAGUGAAGCUGAGCGUCAAUGUAAAGCUGCUGGCAUGUUCCGUCUCUACCAUCGAAUUGUGGUUGUCGAUGAGGAUCAGCUGCAAAGUGUUCUGCCGCUGUUCAUUGUCUACAAAAAUCUGAAGGGGAAAUAUUGGUAA